AGGGUACCCCCACCCCCUCGUGUGCUCUUUCAUCCUCCAUUAAUGUCCUUUCAUUCACUAACUUCAAAUUCUCUCUCUCUCUAAAGAGUAAAACCACCCCCUCUCUCUCUAUAUAACAAUAUAUAUACACAUAAACACUUGUUUUUGGUGGAUUUAUCUUCCUCUAAACAUUCAAAUGGCUUCUUUUUCAACACUGUUUUUCUGUGUCAUCAUCAUCUUCAUCGUCUUUCUCUUCUUCCUCUUUCGAAAAUCCCGUUACCGGCGGCUCCGGCUACCGCCGGGGAGCCUCGGCUUGCCCUUCAUCGGAGAGACCCUGCAGCUCAUAUCCGCUUACAAGAGUGACAACCCUGAGCCUUUCAUAGACCAGAGAGUGAACCGGUACGGUCCAAUCUUCACCACCCACGUUUUUGGCGAGCCGACAGUUUUCUCUGCCGAACCGGAGACGAACCGGUUCAUUCUGCUGAACGAAGGGAAGCUCUUUGAUUGUAGCUACCCCGGUUCGAUAUCGAACCUGCUUGGUAAGCACUCUCUGUUGCUGAUGAAGGGUUCACUUCAUAAGAGAAUGCAUUCACUCACCAUGAGCUUCGCCAACUCAUCCAUCAUCAAGGAUCAUCUCUUGGUUGACAUAGACCGGCUCAUCCGGCUCAACUUGGAUUCCUGGACCGACCGGGUUUUUCUCAUGGAGGAGGCCAAGAAGAUAACAUUUGAGUUGACAGUGAAGCAGUUGAUGAGCUUUGAUCCUGAUGAAUGGACUGAGUCUCUAAGGAAAGAGUACGUUCUUGUGAUUGAAGGAUUCUUCACUCUCCCCUUUCCUCUCUUCUCCACCACUUACCGCAGAGCCAUCAAGGCAAGAAGGAAGGUGGCUGAGGCACUAACGUUGAUAGUAAGGCAGAGGAGAAAAGAAAGUGAAAACAAAGAGAAAAAGAAAGACAUGCUUGGGGCACUUUUGGCCUCCGGCGACCACUUCUCCGACGAAGAAAUUGUGGAUUUUAUGUUGGCAUUGCUCGUCGCCGGCUAUGAAACCACCUCUACCAUAAUGACUCUUGCCGUCAAGUUCCUCACCGAGACUCCUCUAGCCUUAGCACAGCUCAAGGAAGAGCAUGACCAAAUCAGAGGAAGGAGUAACCCAGAAGCAGCACUGGAAUGGACAGAUUACAAGUCAAUGGCUUUUACUCAAUGCGUUGUGAACGAGACCUUAAGGGUGGCAAACAUAAUCAGUGGAAUAUUUAGAAGAGCAAUGACAGACAUCAACAUAAAAGGCUACACGAUUCCUAAGGGAUGGAAGGUGUUUGCAUCAUUUCGUGCAGUACAUCUAAAUCCUGAACAUUUCAAAGACGCACGCACCUUCAAUCCAUGGAGAUGGCAGGUACCUCAUAACUCAGAAGCAUCAAGCCCUGGGAAUGUAUAUACACCAUUUGGUGGAGGGCCACGCCUAUGCCCUGGCUAUGAGCUUGCCAGAGUUGUACUUUCUGUUUUCCUUCACCGCAUGGUCACUUCCUUCAGUUGGGUUCCUGCAGAGGAAGAUAAGUUGGUGUUUUUCCCAACCACAAGGACGCAGAAGAGGUAUCCUAUUAUAGUGAAGCGUAGGGAAGAGUCAGAACAUGUAUAGAGCGAUAUGAGAAUUGAGCAAAACAGAUAGAGAAGGCCAAAAAAGAAGCUGGGAGUGUAGAUCAGUUUAUAACCAGUUAAUGUUCAUUAUAUAUAAUUACUAAUAAAAUUAUGUCUACUCCUUCGGCAGUUUGUAUAUAUAUAUAUGAUCUUAAUUAAUUUUGUCUAAGCAAUGCUGCGCAGAAAAUUCGGCCAGAAUUUUGACCUCAGUUAAUUUAAU